CUCGCGGGGCGGCGGGCGGCGCGAUGUCGGACGAGGACGGGCUGGGGGCCGGGCUCGGGGCGGCGGCGGCGGCAGCCCGCGAGCGGAGGCGGGAGCAGCUGCGGCAGUGGGGGGCGCGGGGGGGCGCCGAGCCGGGCCCCGGGGAGCGGCGCGCUCGCACCGUCCGCUUCGAGCGCGCCGCCGAGUUCCUGGCGGCCUGCGCGGGCGGCGACCUGGACGAGGCGCGCCUGAUGCUGCGCGCGGACCCCGGCCCCGAGUCCGGCCCCGCCGCCCCGCCGCCCGCCCGCGCCGUGCUCGACUCCACCAACGCCGACGGCAUCAGCGCUCUGCACCAGGCCUGCAUCGAUGAGAACCUGGAGGUGGUGGGCUUCCUGGUGGAGCAGGGUGCCACGGUGAACCAGGCUGACAACGAGGGCUGGACGCCCCUGCACGUGGCUGCCUCUUGCGGCUACCUGGACAUCGCCAGGUACCUCCUGAACCAUGGGGCCAAUAUUGCCGCUGUCAACAGCGAUGGGGACCUGCCCCUGGACCUGGCCGAGUCGGACGCCAUGGAGGGGCUGCUACGGGCGGAGAUCGCCCGCCGAGGUGUGGAUGUAGAGGCGGCCAAGCGGGCCGAGGAGGAGCUGCUGCUCCACGACACACGGUGCUGGCUGGACGGCGGCGCCAUGCCCGAGGCCCGGCACCCGCGCACGGGGGCCUCGGCGCUGCACGUGGCCGCGGCCAAGGGCUACAUCGAGGUGAUGAGGCUGCUCCUCCAGGCUGGCUACGACCCGGAGCUGCGGGACGGGGACGGCUGGACACCGCUGCAUGCUGCGGCCCACUGGGGCGUGGAGGACGCCUGCCGCCUGCUGGCUGAGCACGGCGGGGGCAUGGACUCGCUGACCCACGCAGGGCAGCGUCCCUGUGACCUCGCCGACGAGGACGUGCUGAGCCUGUUGGAGGAGCUGGCCCAGAAGCAGGAGGACCUGCGGAACCAGAAGGAAGCCUCCCAGAUCCGGGCCCAGGAGCCACAGGGCACCUCCAGCAGCAAGCACCGCAGGAGCUCCGUGUGUCGGCUGAGCAGCCGCGAGAAGAUUUCCCUCCAGGACUUGUCCAAGGAGCGCCGGCCUGAGGGGGCAGGGGGGCCACCCAUCCAGGACGAGGACGAGGGAGACGAAGGCCCCACUGAGCCAGCCCCUGCAGAACCCAGAGCCCUCAACGGAGUCUCCUCUCCACCUCCCUGCUCCCCCAAGAGCCUCCUGCUGUCUCAAGAGGCCCCCUUCUCCAGGCGCUUCUGCCUCCAGAAGAUGGGGAGCUCGGGUGCCCUGGGCCCCCCAGAGAGGCAGGCGGCCGAGGGCACCCCUGGGGCUGGGCUGCAGCGCUCAGCUUCCUCCUCUCGGCUCGAGGGGACCCCCACUCAGGUCAAGGAGCCUCGUCUUGCCAGAAUUACCCCCACCCACUCCAGGAAGGUGCUCGAGCCCCCUGCCCUGUGUGAGCCCCCCGCGCCUCCAGCUCUGGAUAACCGCACUCCUCCCGGGGCGCCCGAGCCUGAGCCCUCCGUGAAGCCCAGCGACCCAGCAUCCCCCUCGGGGCCCCCAGCCGACCUCCGGGACCGUCGGAGGUCCUACCAGAUGCCCGUGCGGGACGAGGAAUCCGAGUCCCAGCGGAAAGCGCGCUCCCGCCUCAUGCGCCAGUCCCGCAGGUCCACCCAGGGAGUGACCCUGACGGACCUGAAGGAGGCAGAGAAGGUGGCGGCGCAGGCCCCGGAGCCCGGCGGCUCGUCCCUGCAGAGCGCGGACGCUUCCUGGCGGCCCCGGGUCCCCGGGGUGGAGAACUCGGACGGCCCUGUCCCGAGAGCAGAGGCGCCCGACGGGCAGGGGCCGGGACCACAGGCCGUCCCGGAGCCCUGCAGGGUCGGCAAGGAGCGGAGAGGACCUGCGGAGGGGGAGGAGGCGGAGCCGGCGGACCGCAGCCCCGAAUCCAGGCAGCGCCCCCAGCGCGACCUCAACCCCGACCCCGAGCCAGGAUCCCCGGAGCCAGCGGGCGGCUUCAGGAAGCUGUACGCAGAGCUGCGCCGGGAGAACGAGCGGCUUCGCGAGGCCCUGACCGAGACCACGCUGCGGCUGGCCCAGCUCAAAGUGGCGCUGGAGCGCGCCACGCAGAGGCAGGAGCGCUUUGCGGAGAGGCCCGCCCUUCUGGAGCUGGAGAGAUUCGAGCGCCGAGCUUUGGAGCGAAAGGCCUCGGAGCUGGAGGAGGAGCUGAAGGCCCUGUCCGACCUUCGGGCUGACAACCAGCGGCUCAAGGACGAGAACGCAGCCCUCAUCCGCGUCAUCAGCAAGCUUUCCAAGUGACUCUGCAGGAAGCCCCCCACCCAUAUUUAUACAGCUGCUUCUACCACACGCACCCCUUCCCCCGUGUGAACACGAGUGACUGGGCUCGGGGGAGAAUCUGAGAAGCCAUAAUCUCCUCUCAGGACCUUUAGGCCAGGAGGGGAGAACAGGGUCCCUAGGAGCCAGAGGGGCCUCCGAGUCCAGGAUGGAAGUGGGAGGCUGAGCUCUGUAGGGGGAUGUUGCUGAGAGGGGCCUGGAACCGGAGGCAGGACCAAGAAGGAACCGAGGACCAGGGAAUGCAAGGACCAGAAGCCAGGGACCAGAGUAGCUGCCCUGGAGGCCCCCACAUCACUUGUGAGGUCACCUCAGCCCCCCUCCCCACCUGAACAGGGAUCCAAGAAUGUGCCAAGAGCCCUGCUCGGCCUCAGCCAGGCGGGCCUGUAUAUAGGGGCCUGGGUUUUUUCUGAGGGCUUCAUCCAUGUGCAAUAGGGAGGGAUGUCUUCUAUUUUUUGCUGCCCCCUCCCCACCCACUGUCUGGGGCAGGGGGAGAAGGUAUUUUCAAGAGACAAAGCACAGUACCACAAAUAAAAGAAGUGAAGUUGCCACUCAACGGCUGCUUCCCCA